CGGCAUGGAGAAGCCGGCAGCCGGGGGGCCGGAGGGAGCCCCGGGCCCCCGGGCGCAGCUCGCUGUCGUCUGCCUGGUGAACUUUUUUCUCACGGGGAGGCUCAGCAGCGCAGUUCCCGCCCUAGCUGCCUGUAGCGGGAAGCUGGAACAACACACAGAACGGCGUGGUGUCAUCUAUAGCCCAGCCUGGCCUCUCAACUACCCACCGGGCACCAACUGCAGCUGGUACAUCCAGGGUGACCGAGGGGACAUGAUCACCAUCAGUUUCCGUAACUUUGAUGUGGAGGAGUCUCACCAGUGCUCCCUGGAUUGGCUGCUGCUGGGCCCAGCAGCCUCCCCUCGCCAGGAGGCCUUCCGGUUGUGCGGCUCAGCCAUCCCACCCGCCUUCAUCUCUGCCCGUGAUCAUGUGUGGAUCUUCUUCCAUUCGGAUGCCUCAAGCUCCGGCCAGGCCCAGGGCUUCCGUCUCUCCUACAUUCGAGGGAAGCUGGGUCAGGUGACCUGCCAGGCAGAUGAGUUCCGCUGUGACAAUGGGAAAUGCCUGCCGGGCCCUUGGCAGUGUAACACCGUGGACGAGUGCGGAGAUGGCUCAGACGAAGGCAACUGCUCGGCGCCCGCCUCUGAGCCCCCGGGCAGCCUGUGCCCCGGGGGCACCUUCCCCUGCAGCGGGGCCCGCUCCACACGCUGCCUGCCAGCCCAGCGACGCUGUGACGGCACUCAGGAUUGCGGAGACGGCUCUGACGAGGCUGGCUGUCCCGACCUGGCCUGUGGCCGGCGGCUGGGUAGUUUCUAUGGCUCCUUUGCCUCGCCAGACCUGUUUGGUGCCGCCCGCGGGCCCUCAGAUUUACACUGCACCUGGCUGGUGGACACGCAGGACCCACGGCGCGUGUUGCUGCAGCUGGAGCUUCGGCUGGGCUAUGACGAUUACGUGCAGGUGUACGAAGGCCUGGGUGAGCGUGGGGACCGCCUGCUUCAGACCCUGUCUUACCGUAGCAACCACCGGCCUGUGAGCCUGGAGGCCGCGCAGGGUCGCCUCACUGUGGCUUACCACGCCCGCGCCCGCAGCGCUGGCCACGGCUUCAACGCUACCUACCAAGUCAAGGGCUAUUGCCUGCCUUGGGAACAGCCAUGCGGGGGCAGCAGUGAGUCGGAGGAUGGCUCCGGCGAUCAGGGCUGUUUCUCCGAACCACAACGCUGUGAUGGCUGGUGGCACUGUGCCAGCGGCCGGGAUGAACAGGGAUGCCCGGCUUGUCCACCUGAUCAGUAUCCCUGUGAAGGUGGCAGUGGGCUGUGUUAUGCACCUGCCGACCGCUGUAAUAACCAGAAAAGCUGCCCCGAUGGUGCCGAUGAGAAAAACUGCUUCUCUUGCCAGCCAGGUACCUUUCACUGUGGUACCAACCUGUGUAUCUUUGAGACAUGGCGCUGUGACGGCCAGGAGGAUUGCCAGGAUGGCAGCGAUGAGCACGGCUGCCUGGCUGCCGUCCCCCGGAAGGUCAUCACAGCUGCUCUCAUAGGCAGCCUGGUGUGUGGCCUAUUGCUUGUGAUCGCUCUGGGCUGCGCCUUCAAGCUCUACUCCCUGCGGACUCAAGAAUACAGGGCAUUUGAGACCCAGAUGACACGCUUAGAGGCGGAGUUUGUGCGGCGUGAGGCACCUCCCUCCUACGGUCAGCUCAUCGCUCAGGGCCUCAUUCCACCCGUGGAAGACUUUCCUGUCUACAGCGCAUCCCAGGCUUCCGUGCUACAGAACCUGCGCACCGCCAUGAGGCGGCAGAUGCGAAGGCACGCCUCUCGGAGGGGGCCCUCCCGACGCAGGCUGGGCCGCCUCUGGAAUCGGCUCUUCCACAGGCCUCGGGCGCCUCGGGGUCAGAUCCCGCUGCUGACGGCUGCCCGCACCUCCCAGACAGUACUGGGCGAUGGCUUCCUCCAGCCAGCAUCAGGGGUCGCCCCGGAUCCCCCUGCACCCCAGACGGACACAGGCAGCCCCCAGGUAGCUGGGGGUGGACCUUCCAUUGGCCCUGGCCAUACAGCAGAGGUGGGCUCUUCGGGGCCCUCCUCACUCUCAGGCUUACAAGACUCAGAGCGUACACCUGCAGACAAGGACAUAAAGGCCCCCAGGGAGUCUGUCACUGACAGCCCAGGCCCCGUGGACACAUCUCCUGAGCCCUGCUUGGCCCGGGAUCCCCAGCCCCAGGCUCCCACUGCCACAAGCAGCAGCAGCAGCAGCAGCACCCAUUCACCAGAGUCACUGGGGGUCUGCAGGAGCCCCCCACCACCCUGCUCCCCAACUUCGGAGGCCAGUGACGAUGAUGCUCUCCUGGUCUGCUGACCCAUCGGACAUGUGGGUGACGGCCACAGCCAUGCUUUGGAACCAGGGAAUACACAGUCAUUUCUACCCUGC